AUGUCUUUGCACCAAGUACAAGCCCCAUACGAUUUCAAGGGAAUUAAGAACGACUUUAAACACUGUCAAGUAUCGCUUCCAAGUCCAGAUUUCGAGCCCACCUCUCGCUCUCCUGUCCCUGUUGCCUUUUACUUGGGCAAAUCCAACCAUUGUAUUGCUUCUAGCGCAUCUCUUAGUUCUUCUGAGGAUAACGAGUCGUGUUCAAGCGACUACUAUUCUACAGUGGACGCAGACACUCAUUUUGGCGACUGGUUCGAUUCGGCAUCGAUUCUACGUCCCUGUCUCUCGCAAUUGAUCAACAGCGCUCGUGAAAGUCCCAGCUCUAAUCUUGAUCAACCGGUUAAGCAAAUCCCAGAGCUAGAGGAGUCGUUUACAAGUACCCUCGUCGACUAUAUGUGUGACUCUAAAGGUAUUGUAGCAGCGUCGACAUCACAAUCUGGUUCUGGUAUUGCUUCGUCUGCCUCUGUACCUCGCAGUGGUAAGACCAUCCCUCCCUCUCCACCUAUGUCCCCACUUUUAUUCGCACAUCCUAUGUCAAAGUUUAUUGAGAAUAUCGAUUUUGAUUUAGAAGAUAAUACUCGAGCAACAAUUAGAGUUGGAAAUAGCUACACAACUCUCAAUAAUAUCAACAAUGCUAAUUGUAAUGCCAAUUCGAUCUGGUCACCACAGCCUUUCUAUCGUCUAACUGCCAAAGCUCCCCUUGACAACACUACUAUCCCUAUCAACUUGGAUCCCGUUUCCCCUUUGCUGCUAGCUGCAGCUGUUACAGAUUCUUCUGAGUCCCUCGUUGGCCUUGAACGAAGAGCCGUAGAAGAACUGAACCUUGAACUCCAUCCUUACAUAUGCGACAAGUUUCACCAAAGACCACUUCUCGCUGACCCUGAAAUGCCUUUCAUCCCGUCCGACCCUGUUUUCCCAAAUGUUGACGAGCUCUUUGAGGAGUACUACCAACAUCUGAUUCCCGGAACGGUUGAAUAUGUGUAUCAUAAGCAACGUUUGUUACGCAACCGGUUUAAGUUGAAGCAGCUGUCUCAAAGUAUGAACCAACACGAGGAUGAGCGUCGUAGACUCAUUUCUCUGGCCCGAUUGAAUGGUCUUGAGAACCACUCACGCUCUAGAGUUAAGCUCUAUUAA